AUGAGAGGUGCUCUCUCCUCUCUCCUGGUUCUGUGUUCUUUGAUUGACCGAUGGCUUACGAGGAUGAUCGUCGCCAUUUUCACCGCCUGUUUGAAUAACCAAGAGGCGGACUGGUUUCGAUCCAAACCAAGUGAUCGCUUUCCCAGAAAGGGAUGGGCAAUAAUCACAAAUCUAAGCAGGGAUGAUAGAAACCGCCUUGCCUUCACAGACCCCGCCACGAAACGUGAUCUUUGUGAGAUGCGUCGUCGAUCUGCUGGGUGGCUCAGACUAAAACGGAAAAGAAAGCACCUGGUUGCUUUCGAUGAAAUUAAUAGCACUCAAAAGUGCGUUGUUCGCAGCUUACCCUACGGGGAGAAAUACCAUGAACUAGCGUCGCGGUUUCGGCCGGCGAUAAUGACACAACAUCGCGGGCUACAGGAAGACGCCGACGGCCAGCUGGAUUCGUCCGUUGACGCCAAUCCUGAUCCGGCAAGGCUAAACCGUUAUGGGGUUGUUGGAUCAGGAUUCUUCCCAGAUUUUCCGCGUCGGUUGGGCGGGCGUGGGGGGAGCCUUAUAUAG